GCCGUCCUCUACCUCGCAUUCCUGGAUUCCCGUUGGCGGCCCAAGUGGAGCUCUUCACUGCUGCAUAGGGGUUGCUGCGUCUGGGAAGCCAUCCAUCGUGAACUGGUAUAUAAGGAAGCAGAUAUACUGACCGGUCGCUGGUGGAGAGCUGGCACGUGUCGGAGGAAGUGACACUCAAGAUGGUGAGCGCUCGGCAACGGUUUGCGCGAAAGAGGUUUCAGCAAUUGAAGGGGCUCUCACCGGUUGCAACCAUAGUUAAGAAAGGGGUAACCAAGGACAGCGCAGCGGAGAAUGGUUUGGAAAGCAAGGAGGGGAAGCUGUCGUUGAAGCAGCAGUUGAAGAGAAAGAAACUGGCGAAGCUCAAGAAGAAGGAAAAGCUUAAGAAAGAGCUGAUGAUGAAGAAGAAGCUGGGGAUUGAAGAAAAUCGAGGUGGAGCGAAGAAGAAGGAACUGAAGAAGAAGGAGGAAAGCGACAGCAAGAAGGGAAGGAAACACCCGCUGAGAGAGGCUGCGGCGAAGUACGGCUCGCGCUGUUUUCAAUGCGGUGGGGAGGACCAUGUGCGGAAAAAUUGCCCAGAGAAUGCAAAGGCGGUUCAGGACAAGGUCUGCCUUCUGUGUAGGAUGAAGGGCCAUACAGUGAAGAUGUGUCCGCGUGCUGCCGACGAAGGAGAGGACAAGGGUGUAGCCACAAAAAUAUGUUAUAACUGUGGAAAGAACAGCCAUCGACUCGCAGAUUGUCCAGAGCCAAUUGCAGAGAGUGGUGGCUUGAAGUUUGCAGUCUGCUUCAUUUGUAAAGCCUCGGGGCAUUUGAGUGCCAACUGUCCAUCCAACCACCAUGGGAUCUAUCCGAAGGGAGGUGGCUGUAAAAGAUGUGGAAGUGUAACCCACUUGGCAAAGGACUGCCCAACACAACCGGCAAAGGUUUCUCAAGCCGCAAAAGCGAUAACGAAAGAAGGGAAGGCGGCGUGUGCGGCGAACAAGAUUACGAAGUUCAGUGGCGACGAUCUUGGUGACGAUUUCGGCGGUUUGGACGGGAACAUAGAGUCUGCUGCAGGAGGGAACAACAUUGUUCUGGGAGAGGACGACGAUGAGGAUCUGGAUUUAGAUGCGCGAUUGGGUUUCGAGGAUGGCAUCCUUGGGGGCACUACAAAAGCCAAAAAGGACAAGAAGAAGAAGCAGAAGAUGGUCAGCAUAGAUUUUGAUAGUGGCGGCGAUGGUAAAGAUGAGGACGAUGAUGAUGGUGAUCACGCAGGUGCGGGGAGGAGCUCGAGAAAGAGAAAACUGGAGGUUCCCAUCAAAGUUAUAAAAUUUUAGGCCACCGAUUAAAUUUUAAAUG